AUGAAUAUUGUCCCUGUGCACGAGUUUCUCGAAGAUUUUGCUAGCAAUUUUUUAUCAACCUUUCAUUGCUGCUAUACACUUUUUCCAGAUAUUAUCAGUGAUAGAGGAACUUCGUACCUGAGAGCCGAGAACUUCCAACUCUUGUGUGCACAUGGAGUGUUCCCUCUGACCAGUUAUAAUGUGAAGGAGUGCAACCUGGGACGAGUACCAGCUAACGUGAUUGUGACACGUCAGUCUGAGAGUAGUGUGAGGAAGGAAGACAUGCGUCAUCUGCUGCUGAUGGCUGCAGAAAACUUUGGAAAACCAGAGUCUUUCUUUAGACUCUUUUAUAAUUAUUUUUCAAAAAUGAUCUACUUUUUAGUGAUAACACCAAGAAGUUAAUACCAGUCAGUGACGAGGACCACCAAAGCUUCUUAACAGAAAUGUGGUACCUGGCGUGUAACUUGUAUGACCAUCAUCUGAAAACUGCCGACACGUAGUAACACUGUUGCUUUAAGAAAAAGAAAAAUUAAGUUACUUUCACUAUUAGUAAUUUACCAGUUCUCUAAAGAUGCCAACAUACAUGCCACUGUACACGAAGAACUCAUCUUCCAGUGGAUGGUUCACUGCUAGAGUUCUCAUUUAUCCUAAAUAGUAUGACUUUGUAUAUAUUUUUACAAUCAAAACUUAAGCGCUAAACCCACAAGCACCAUACAACAACUUUAUGUAUAUUAUCAGAUUUUUCAAUAUAUUUUUACAAUUUCCUCAUAUUCAGAGCAGUAAAUAUUGUAUCUACUUUGUAACAUAUUUGUUUUUUAUCCUAGUAACAUCUUUAUAUUAAUUACUAGCUGUUAUUCCAGCAUGAAGAUUUUUCGAAAUUUUUUAUUGGGCUUUUAGUAACAUUUCAAGAUGCGAACAUGAUUGGUUUUGCACACAGCUGCAAAAUUUUAUAUAUAUAUAUUUAUAUAUAUCGUUUCAUAAAUAAUAAAAGCUUAUACAUUAUAUAGUGUUAAGAUUUACAGUUGCAAUCGAAGAUUUUUUUUAAUUAUUAAGUAUAUUUAAUAAUCCUUGUUUUAGUAGUUUCUUUUUCUUUCAUUAAUUUUCAACAUUAACAUGAAUAAUAAUAAUGAUUAAUGUAG